AUGAUAAAAAAUUUAAAAGAAUUAAUUAUUCGUUCUGAUCGGUUAAAAACUGUUACUAGACAAGUAAAUCUUCUAAAAAUUAAAAAAGAAAAUAUUUUUUUUAAGUUUGGAGCAGACAAUCCAUUUUCAUUAUUUCGAGAUGUUUUAAAUAAAAUUUUCGAAAAUAUUUCUUUUAAUUCCGACAAAACAAAUGUGACGGCUGAAGGGGAUAUUCAAGAACAAAAAAUAGCUUGGGCGGAUGUGCAAGUUGAGCCGUUAGAACCGAUUGAGGGUUUGGAAUUUAGCAUUUCUGUAACUAUUCAAGCUCGUCAAUCAUUAAUUAAUAAACUAGAAUCAAUUCAAUUAAAUCUUCGAUUUGGUCAAUCGAAUAAUUUAAAAUUCCGUAUUGGACCUAUUUUUAAUUCAAAAAAAGAGCCAAUGAAUUUAAGUGCUGGAGAACGUCUUCGAGCUGAAUGGACUGUUGUACCCGUACCCGAAUUUCGUUUAACUGGUCCAAUACUGCAAAAAAUAGAUUUAACACUUGCUUACCAACUUGGAGGAAGAAGAUUAGCCCAAAGACUUAAUUCGCCUUCAAUUAAAAUAUUACCCCAACCUUCCCUUCGUUUACUAGCUUUUGGACAACCAACAAUUCCAACUUCCUUACCUGGUUCUCCUCCUUUUAGUUUAAUGUUUUCUGCUAUAAAUUCUGGAUAUUCAACAUUAAAAAUGGUUCAACUUCUUGAACUUCGACCAAAUUUUUCUUUAAUUGGAAACGAAAAUAAACAGUCUUCAAUUGAUUUUAAAAUUGAUGGAAUUAAUUUGGAGAGUUUAAAAGAAUCAGGGAAUGAGGGAGAAGGAAUGGCAGAAUCUCUUUCUUUUGGACAAAUUAAAUCUGGGGAGGCUUCUCAUUUAUUUUUGAAUAUUUCUUUGGAAUAUAAUGAUGAUGGACAAUAUAAAAUUGAAGAAAAAGAAUCUCGUCCACAAAUAAAUGGACAUUCAUUCCUUACACGCAUUUUCGCUCUCCGUCGUCUUUCACUUAUUUCAACAUCCCAAGAAGAUGAAAAUUUAAGAUCAAGUGUUGGUGCCAUUUUUGCUUCAGUAAAUGUUGGAACUGCGCAGACUUUUGAAAAUGGGGCAAAACUUUUGAGAGUAGCAGAAAUAGGUCCACAGGGAAGAAGGAGACCAAUAAAUAUGAGUUUGGUUUGGAUUGGAAGGAUUAGUAAUGAAAAGGUAGGUUUAAGAGGGAGAGAAGUAUUUCACCGUUUAGAAUAA